GCCCGUUGUGUCAGGCUGAGCCUGCUCCUCCCCUGCUCCUCCUUCCCACAGGUGUGUCUCCCGGCCCAGUGGCUGCCCGUGUCACUCCCUGCGUAGACACCCAAGAGCUCACCCACCCCACAGCCCCAGCCUGACCGAAGCCAACCGGACAAGUGUCCUGCCAUGGAAGCCGCAGAUGCCUGCAGGAGCAAUGGGGCCAGCCCUGAAGCCAGGGACGCCCGCAGCCCCUCGGGUCCCCACGUUGGCCUGGAGAAUGGCACCAAGGCCGAAAGCAGGGACCCCAAGACCACCAAUGGCCACGUCGGGGAGGCGGCCGAAAGCAAGGGCCUGGGGAGUGCCCUGAAGGCAGGGGAGGGGAAGAGUGCCCUGUUUUCUGGCAACGAGUGGCGACGCCCUAUCAUUCAGUUCGUGGAGUCCGUGGAUGACAAAGGUUCCAACUACUUCAGCAUGGACUCUGCGGAAGGCAGGAGGUCGCCCUACGCUGGGCUUCAGCUAGGGGCCAAGAAGCCGCCCGUCACCUUUGCAGAGAAGGGAGAGCUGCGCAAGUCCAUCUUCUCGGAGCCGCGCAAGCCCUCGGUGUCCAUCGUGGAGCCCAGCGAGGCCCGGAGGAACAGCUACCCUCGGGCAGACUCCGGCCUCCAGCUGCGGUCCAAGGCCGGCUCCGAGGAGGUGCUGUGCGACUCCUGCAUCGGGAACAAGCAGAAAGCCGUCAAGUCCUGCCUGGUGUGCCAGGCCUCCUUCUGCGAGCUGCACCUCAAGCCCCACCUGGAGGGCGCCGCCUUCCGCGACCACCAGCUGCUUGAGCCCAUCCGAGACUUUGAGGCCCGCAAAUGCCCCGUGCACGGCAAAACCAUGGAACUCUUCUGCCAGACGGACCAGACCUGCAUCUGCUACCUCUGCAUGUUUCAGGAGCACAAGAACCACAGCACUGUGACGGUGGAGGAGGCCAAGGCUGAGAAGGAGACGGAGCUGUCACUACAAAAGGAACAGCUGCAGCUCAAGAUCAUUGAGAUUGAGGAUGAAUCUGAGAAGUGGCAGAAGGAGAAGGACCGCAUUAAGAGCUUUACAACCAAUGAGAAGGCCAUCCUGGAACAGAACUUUCGGGAUCUGGUGCACGACCUGGAGAAGCAGAAGGAGGAAGUAAGGGCUGCCCUGGAGCAGCGGGAGCAGGAUGCUGUGGACCAAAUAAAGAUUAUUGUGGAUGCUCUGGAUGAGAGGGCCAAGGUGCUACAUGAGGACAAGCAGACCCGGGAGCAGUUACACAGCAUCAGUGACUCUGUGUUGUUUCUGCAGGAAUUUGGGGCAUUGAUGAGCAACUACUCUCUCCCCCCACCCCUGCCCACCUACCAUGUCCUGCUGGAAGGUGAGGGCCUGGGACAAUCACUUGGCAACUUCAAGGAUGACCUGCUCAACGUGUGCAUGCGCCACGUUGAGAAGAUGUGCAAGGCUGAUCUAAGCCGCAACUUCAUUGAGAGGAAUCACAUGGAGAAUGGCGGUGACCAUCGCUAUAUGAACAGCUAUACAAACAGCUUCGGGAAUGAGUGGAGUACGCCAGACACCAUGAAGAGAUACUCUAUGUACCUCACCCCCAAGGGUGGGGCCCGCACCACCUAUCAGCCAUCCUCUCCUGGCCGUCUCUCCAAGGAGACCAAUCAGAAGAAUUUCAACAAUCUCUAUGGCACCAAAGGUAACUACACCUCCCGGGUGUGGGAGUACUCCUCCUCCAUCCAGAGCUCAGACGACCUGCCCGCAGUCCAAGGCAGCUCCUCCUUCUCCCUGAAAGGCGCUGGGAAAGCCCCCUCUCAGUUCGCCACCCUGGGACAGGCCACUGCAGACUUUUCCAAGCCACUGAACCACAGUGGGCCGUUUAACAAUAAUCCUGGCUAUCCCUCCCUCAUCCGGAGCCAGGCUCCCAAGGCCCAGCCCCAGACUUGGAAAUCUGGGAAGCAGACUCUGCUGUCUCAUUACCGGCCUUUCUACGUCAACAAAGGCAGCGGGAUGGGGUCCAACGAGGCCCCCUGAGCUCUUACAGAAGGGACCGAGGCUCAGCCACCCCCACACUGCCCACCUCACACUCUUUCCGCUGCUGCUCUCCUCCGGGUGGGAGCGGGCCCACCUGCCCUGCCCUCCGCUGCUGGCCGCGCUCCAUCCAGCCUGCUUCCCUGCUUGGUGACUUCCCAUGGUCACCCCAUUCCUGCACUCAGGGGCUAACCUAGGGCAGGGCUAGGGGGCAGGUGAGCUUCUCUCCUAGCCCCUCACCCUCUUCUUCGGGGGCUGGGUCCCUAGGGCCUCCAUGGCAUCAGCUUGCCCUCUGGCCCACGGCCUUUGGUUUCCAGACCUGAUGACCAUUCUUCUCUGAGGCCUCAUCUCUGCAGUGUGGGCAGGAGGUACUAGGCCACUGCUAGUUCCAUCCCUGUAAAGCCACCUUCUUCCUCCCCCAGCCUGGCCAUGCCGGAAGAAGACUGGUCCCAAGCGCCCUGACAGGUCCCACUUACCAAAGCCUAGCCAGGCAGAACCUCAGCCUUUGGCCACUUGAGAGGGACCUUUCGUGUCCUGGCCUCACCCUGCCUAUAGUCUCUUUGAGUGUGCAGUCCUGGGGGACAAGCUGUCCUGUCUGGCAGGAUGGUCUUAGCCAAGGUAUCCCUCUCUUCUACUGCAAGCAACUCCCUGGAAGAUAAGUCACCCCUGAAAAUAGUUACCGGCCCAGCCUUCCUGAGGAAGUACCGCUUCCCUGUGGGGUUUUAGUCAUCUUAGAAUCUGGCGUUUGCCUUAGCGGUGAAAAUGAAGCAGGCUGGCGAUUGUCACCACUAUUUGCGAGGCUGCCUUCCACCCUGCCCCGUCAGGGACUCUGCCUCGUUCCUGUGCCUACCUCCAUGUCUGUCAUAUGUCACGGGGCCUGGAGAGGAGAACAAACCAACAGCAGCCUGGUGGCGUCCUCUCGAACUCCAAGGACUGAUGGGGGUGUGGAGGUGGCCGGGGUGCAGGGCAGGGGGGGACUUUUAGCUUGGGCUUUCCCCUCCUCAAUAAACUACUCAUCCCUCACA